AUGCCGACCGAAUUAUCUAUUGAUGUCUUAAACAAACCUCUACCGGAGAUUGUUUUUAGAAGAAAAAAUAAUGCUCUAUUUAAAAAACUAGCGCGAAAGACUCAUUUCAACUUUAGAGAAAUCGAAGCGUUAGCUGUUAUACAUAGGAAAAUAACACAAACUUUGGGUCCUAUGACAAGAUCGGUGUUUAGAGAUGUCUUACAUUCUGGUUUGGAUUUUACUGAAAAUAUUCGACACUUGUACAUCGAUAGGAUUUUCGCUGUAUUUGACAAGAAAAAUGUCUUGCAAAUUCACUUGGAACAAUGGAUCGAAGGUCUCUCUAUAAUUCUUCGUGGCAAUCUGAACGAAAGGAUUCACUUUGUUUUUAAUAUAUACGAUUUUUGGCAUACCAACAAAUUGAAAAAGGAGCAAAUAUUUCCAUAUAUGCGCGGAUGCCUGAUUAAACUACAGACAGACGACGAUCCUGAUGAAGGUGUCAAGGAUUUAAUUGAUUCGCUGAUGAAAAAAGUCGACAUCGAUCGCGACGGUGUACUAUCCGAAGAGGAAUUUCACAGGGCCAUAAAAGAAAGAAAUCCACUGCUGCUAGAAUGUAUGGGACCAGUGUUCCCAUCUAGAGUAGCGCGACAAGCGUUUCUGACCACAUUCACGGAUCGUCUUGGACAAUUUUGACUCGUUUUACGAAACAACUCAUCAUUUGUAUAAUUGUGUACUCAACAACUGUCGAUCGUGCGAUCCUCGUUUUGUA